ACAACUCCCAUAGCACGCAGUGCCUGUCACCUCUGUAUUGUGCCUGUCGUUAAGUACAGAGAGGUCGUAGUCUCAAGCAGGUAGAUCAUUAAAUGGUUUUGGAGAGUUCGCGAGCGUAAUUCACACUUUUGGGGUCAUGAUGGAGAUUGAGGAUGGAAAACCAUUGUACGAGCGGAGAUUUGAUGCCGCUGUCAAAGUGAUACAAAGCUUGCCUCCAGACGGUUCCUUUCAGCCCUCCAAUGACAUGAUGCUCAAGUUUUACAGUUAUUACAAACAGUCAACACUAGGACCCUGCAACACACCCAGACCUGGUUUCUGGGACCCCAUGGGCAAAGUCAAAUGGGAUGCAUGGAAUGAUCUGGGAGAAAUGCCCAAGGAAGAGGCAAUGAUUGCUUAUGUUGAUGAAUUGAAGCUGAUCCUCGAGGGCAUGCCCUGUACGACUGAGGUAGAGCAGCUGCUGCUGGUGUUGGGCCCCUUCUAUGAGCAGGUGCAAGAGAAAAAACACAUAAAUCAGGUUUCCGACCUGUCUGCAGGUUUUGGGACCAUGAUUACAUCAGCACCUUCAAAAAGUGUCACAAGGAGCAUCAUUAGGACAAUGGAAAUUAAUGGCACUUUGGAGACACGGCCACCCAGGCCGGCAGGUGAGCCUCCAAAGCCCAAAGUCAUGGCAGUGAAGGAACAGGGGGAGGAAGAGGAGUUUGAGUUUGAUGAGGAAGAUGAAGUAGAAGAAAUUGCUGAGAUAAAGGAGGUGAAAAAAGCAACUGAAAAGUCGAAGAAAGAGGGCUCAUCCAGGAGACCUAAAGUCCCCCUGUCCGAAGGUAAUGUGAGGAACGGGAUGAGCCACUUUUCCAAUGGGACCCACACCUCCAAGGCUGCGCUGAACAGUGAGGACUCAGAGGAGGGCCUCUUGAACAGCACCCUGCCCCUGGAGCCCCAUGUCCAGGUCAACGGCCACCACGCAGAUCUGGAUGUAUCCUGGCCCCGUCAUGUGGCCAGUGACUCAGACAGCGAGGUCUACUGUGACUCUAUGGACCAGUUUGGCCUGGAAGAGGGCUCUGAGGCACACACUGACCGCUGUCUGGAGCUGGAUGAGGAAGAGCAGGGGGAGAGCCACAGCCCUCUGUCCGAUCAGGAGGGGCCCGCCGAGGCACCGUGUGGGACCCCUGAGGACUCCCAGGGGCCACCCAAGGGCAUCCAGUGUGGCGGGGAGGAUGGGGAGACGAGUGGAGGGGCCUCUCAGAGACAGAGACUGAAUACAGAUAGGGUCGAUAGGAGAGAACGAGGCUCCAGGUCUUCAGGGCACGGCGUGGAGGCCCAGGGGCCCUUGCAGGGUAGCGGAGGGGACGGGGAGCGAUGGGGUGGAGCGGGGGCAACAGGAGGCAGUCUAAAUGAGCAGAUCGUAGUGGCGCUGGCCAGACUGCAGGAGGACAUGCAGAGUGUCCUGGAGAGAUUGCACACACUCGAGGCCCUCACUGCAUCCCAGUCGUUGGCUCUACCAUACCCACCGUCACCCCUGGUAAAGAAGGGAAGUAAGAAACCAUCCUGGUGGCCUUUUGACGUGUCUCCUAGCGCUGUUGCCUUUGCUGUGGCAUGGCCGUUUGUGGUGCAGUGGCUUAUCCGUCUAUAUCUUCAACGCAAGAGAAGACGAAUCAACUGAAAAGUCUCCCGUCCCAAAGACACAGAGCGACGAUGAGAGCCCUCUCAACAGUCUCUGGUUGGGUAACGGCUGUAGCCUCCCUUCCGCUUUCCCACCCACACCU